AUGAGAGCUUACGAGCAUCCAUCAGCUUUUCACAAAAAAAUUGUUCGCAUUAUUCAAUUUCGAGAGAUUAGAAGAGGAAGUUCCAGCGAAUCUUACAAAUUCACAACGUUCUUUUCAGAUUUCGAAUUAGCCACGUUGAUUCUGCUGUCAUGUGCAAUAGCGAGCAGUUUGCUGGCAAUUUGCUUUGCCAUUUGCACGAUCUUCACUCCAUUUGGAGCACUCGCUCACUUCAUUUGCAUGAAUAACUCAGUACUUUCAGCGAUUUGUUCGCUCUCCGCCUUCAUCGUGUACACGUAUUUCAACGAACUGAAGGAUAACCAGAACGAGACCCUGAACGGAAACAUCACACGAUACCACUUCGGCUGGGCGUACUACUGGUGUGGAGGAGCGGCUGCCUGCUUAUCGGCUGCGUUCAUCUGCAGCUUAUUCGCCUCAACUUGUGUUUUAUUACACAAGCAACAGAAGAACAAGGUCGACACCAUCGUUCUGUGA